AUGGCCUUCCUCAAGCGGCGUGUCCUCGCGCAUCUGGUCGCCGACGGCGAGCUCGUCAAGCUCACGCGUGAGCGGUGGGAGCGCACGACCGGCGCCCCUCUGCCGCCCCAGGUCAAGGGCGAGGAGGGCGAGAGCGCGUUCGUGUGGGUCGACAGCCGGCGGUGGGAGGAGCUCGCGAGGAGGAAGGCCAGGGAGGGACCGCCGCUCGAGGUCCGGGCGGCGCCGAGACGGCCUGAGAAGGACGACGUCGAGCGCGAGCUCGACAGGCUCGAGCGCGAGGAGGGCAGUAGCGCGCCGUGGUCCGAGUAA